GUGACGCAGCUCAUCACACUCUCCAACGAGAGAAGAAAUGUCGCAGGACCCGGAACUGUCCGCGGAUUGCUACAGGCAGUGGCCAAAAUGAUGUCUGAAGAAAGUGAGCCCAUGAGGCACAUUGAUCUUGGGUCUCCUUCUCUGGAACAACCAGCAGCUGGUCACUGGUUCCCUGGCCCUCCCCCGCCCGUCUACUCCUGUACUCUGACUCCUGAGCUGGUGGCCAAGGCCCGGGAGGAGCUACAGGAGAAGCCAGAGUGGAGGCUAAGAGACGCGCAGGCCCUGAGGGACAUGGUGCUGAAGGAGCAGCCUAACCUCCGGACCAGGCUGGACGAUGCCUUUCUCCUGCGCUUCCUACGGGCCAGGAAGUUUGACUAUGACCGUGCCAUGCAGCUGCUCCUCAACUACCACACCAGCCGGCGGGCCUGGCCCGAGGUCUUCCAGGACCUGAAGCCCUCCACAGUCAAACAUGUGUUAGACCUGGGCUUCCUGACUGUUCUGCCCCAUCCAGACCAUAAUGGAUGCUACAUCCUCUGUCUCAGACCUGGAAAAUGGAAAGCAAAUGAUUAUCCAUUUGAGGACAACAUCCGGGCCAUUUACCUGACUCUGGAGAAGCUGAUUCAGCCAGAGGAGACUCAGGUGAAUGGGAUCGUCAUCUUAGCAGACUACACUGGGGUGGGCUUGUCCCAGGCAUCCAAUCCGGGCCCAUUCCUGGCCAAGAAGGUUGUCAGCAUCCUUCAGGAUAGCUUCCCAAUAAGAAUCAAGGCUGUUAACAUCAUAAAUGAGCCCCGGAUUUUCAAAGGGAUCUUUGCAAUAAUUAAGCCUUUUCUGAAGGAGAAGAUGGCAGAGAGGUACGUUCUCCACGGGUCAGACCUGCGCUCUCUGCACCGCAACAUUCCUCGAUCCGUCCUGCCAGAGGAGUAUGGUGGUGUGGCCAUACACCUUGACAUGUCAACCUGGUCAAAGACAUUACUGGACUCUGAGGAGGAGUUUAUAGUGGAGUUCUGCCAGCCAGAUCCUCUAGAGGGCGUAGUCCUCCCAGACUCCAUGCUGUUUGAAGGGGAGCAGCCUGGUGGUGGUGCCAGGGAUGACGACACCUUCAGGGGGCUACGCUCUCAGCUCUACUACUGUUACUGAUAAUGACCACCACCACCUCUCGCUACUAUGAAGACACUAGCCUGGUCCCAGAUGUGUUUGUGCUGUCUUGCCAACGCCUAUGGUCAUUGAUGUGACAUUGACCAUAGUUGGUAAAACAGAAAACUAGAUCUGGGACCAGACUGAGGACACCACUGUUUAUUUUUUCCACUAAUUGUUAUUUUGACCAAUCACRUCAGAUAUUUUUUUUAUCUGAUUGUUUUUCACUAAUUGGUCUUUUGACCAAUCAGAAUAAGGCUGCCUGUAUAAACGCAGCAACAGUUAUUUAGUAGAAAUCACUACAGGAAGAGCUAAAGAGAUGUCUGGGCCCAUAUUCAAAAAGUGUCUCAGAGUAGGAGUGCUGAUAUAGCAUCAGUUUUUACCUUUGAGAUCAAAAUGAAUAUGGGGCCUACUACACUCCACAUGGCCAAGCAUAAGGCAGCUUUAGGUUCUGGUAAGGAAGCGUUACAGGAGCUGCUAAUGCAUGUUUACUUAUUUAGUAGUUUGUGACUCUUGGUUUUAAAACGGCUCUGAUUUCCAUUGUAAGAUUUAUUUCCUAUAGAGGAAGACGUUCAACUGUGCCCAUUUGAAAUGCCACUCACUUCCACUUUCUCCUUAAUUUCUCAGAAUACACGUACUGAGGCUCUUCAUCUGCAUGGUGAUAUUCAACACUAUGUAGUUACAGAAUACACGUACUGAGGCUCUUCAUCUGCAUGUGUAUAUUCAACCACUGUAGUUACAGAAUACACGUACUGAGGCUCUUUAUCUGCAUGGUGAUAUUCAACACUAUGUAGUUACAGAAUACACGUACUGAGGCUCUUAUCUGCAUGGUGAUAUUCAACACUAUGUAGUUACAGAAUACAUGUACUGAGGCUCUUUAUCUGCAUGGUAUAUUCAACACUAUGUAGUUACAGAAUACACGUACUGAGGCUCUUUAUCUGCAUGGUGAUAUUCAACACUAUGUAGUUACAGAAUACAUGUACUGAGGCUCUUCAUCUGCAUGUGAUAUUCAACACUAUGUAGUUACAGAAUACAUGUACUGAGGCUCUUAUCUGCAUGGUGAU